GCGGAAAUUCAAAAGUUGUUCCUUCAGUUGAGCCGAGCGCGUUCACGAGAAGCAGCCGAGUGUUAGUCCGGUUCUGUCACUGAGUAAGAGGAUGGAACAGCAGAAAAACCCAAAGAGACAGAGGGACCCUCUGGAGGAGAACAUCCCCGCUAGUAAUGAGCUGGAGGCCGUGUUAAAGAGACGGCGCCUGGCUGCAGGAGGAGUAGAGAAUCAUAACCCCGAGCAGCGGGACGUCAGGUCUCCGGCCCGAUCACGCCGCCAGGAGUCUGAGGUGAAACCGGACACGCCCGCCAUCGCAUCAGUCCGACUCAGAGUUCAGCAGCUCGCACAGAGACGGGAUGGUGCUGCUGCACUGGUCCAGCGCUGCAUGUCAGACCCCGGGGCUGAGAGUCCCUCCACCACUUUACUGCGAGACGUUUGUCACAUCGGUAAAGGAGAGUUUAGCUCUCGGAUGGAGCGCUUCAAGACCCCGACCCCAGAGAGCAGCCCCACCCCUGCCACGCCCGGCACACACCAGCUGUCCAGCUUUGUCCAAAACAUGCAGCAGCAGCUCAACGCCACUGUGACUCCCAGCACCAAGGAGGCAUCCCGCAUACGCCAGGCUCGAGAGGAUGAGCUGAAGUCCCUCAGGGUUCAGCCUCUCACAGAGAACAUGUGGCUCAAGAGGAGCUUCUCUGACCCGUCACUGACUGAGAGGGUUACGCCUCCGAGCAGCUCCUGCAGUUUCCAGAGAACCAGAACAAUCCCAUGGCCUCAGUUACAGUUUGAGAAUGACGACUCCAGCAUCGAGUUAAAAGAAUCCGAAUGCAGUUUGAACUUCAGUGGCGUGACCGAGAUGACGGGAGACAGCUUCAGCGUCGCGUCUUCUUUUACUGCAGAGAUCCAGCCUCCUGCUCCAGCACUCUGUCCUCCAGAAGCCGCGGUGCGUCCUCAUGAGGAGAUAAGCACUUCUGUCUUAAUCGACAAGAUGUUUGAGGAUGUCCUGCAGGCCGCUGACAUUGAAGAGGAGGAGGAAGAGAAAGAGGAGGAAGAAGAGGGAGUGAAUGACAGCACUGUCUUCGAGGCCAUAGAGGCUGAGACUGAGCUGAAGAUGAAAUCUCCGACUCCCAGCCUCGGGGGAGAUGAAGAAGCUUGUGAUGGAGAACAGAGCGAGUGCGAGGACCUGAAAGAAGAAGAGGAGGAGGAAGAGGAGAAGGGAACUACUGAAGAGAAAGCGGAAAGUGCAGUGUGUAAUGAGGAAGACUUCCUGUCUCUCCCGCUGAGCUGCAUCCUCUCUCCUCUCAGCAAGUCAGUGGAAGCUGUGGUCACUCCCAUGAGGUUGAUAAGCACUACGCCUCCACCCAUGGUGCCGUGUGAGCCUGCAGAGGAAGUGGCCACGCCCCCUGCUCCACCUCUCUACAGUAUUGAUGCGUACCGCUCUCAGAGGAAGAACCUGCCUCCGUCCUCUCAGAGUGUGACACCUGGAGUUCAGAAACAGCCUGCUGAGAAAUCUCGCAUCAAACCUGCCAUAAACACCAAGGAGACUAUAAAGGCUCUCAGUGACGAGGCAUCCAAGCUGCAGACUGUUAUUAACCAGACUCUCCAGGCUCUGAGCUGCUGCAGUGACGAACAACACGGCAAAGGAUCUCUGCAGGAGGCCGAGGCUGAGAAGCUCCUGCUGGUCUCCAGUGAGAAGCGUGCCGCUCUGCUGGCUGAGAUCAGCCGACUGAGAGAGGGCGGGGCAGGAAGAGAGCCGGACGCUAACCGUCUGCAGCCCUGUAGAGGCACCGUCAGCAUCAACAACAUCCAGCUGCCCCUCAAGGUGGAGUUUGUGUGCUCUGCCCGCACAGCUCGUCCUACUCACUACUUUUUCAUCCUGAUCCGUUACGGGGCGUGUAACAUCGUGGCCACACCGCUAGCUACUGCUGCUGACGCCGAGAACGGAGAUACCAUCACCUUUCCUACCUCCAUCACACUGCAGGACAUUCGCUCUAACUUUGAGAUUGAUGUAGAGGUCUACAGCUUGUGCAACAGUACGGCUAACAGCAGCAGCGUUAAUAUUCAACAGCACCGCAGUUCUGCUAGAUCGAAGCCAACACCAAAGAAGCUACUCAGCAGCAUUAAGAAGUCCAACCUGUGUUCCACUUCUGGAGCCACAUCUGUCCUGGAUCCGCGCCGCUCCAGUAACUUCUCUUUAGUGGGUUCUCACAGGAUCACGCUCUCCUCGCUGGGACAGAGCAAGUUUCUGCUGGACAAGAUGAAGUUUGAGGGCAAAAUCAGGCAACUCCUGGGAGAUGAGUUUCAGGAAAAGGUCCCCUUCCUGUCCCCCCUGGAGGGUCACAUCUACCUGCGGCUGCACAGUCAGAGUCACUCCAAUGUACACCACCAAGGAUUUCUGACCAUGUUUGAGGACGUUAGUGGAUUUGGUUCGUGGCAGCGUCUCUUCUUUAAGCUAGAAGGAGGUAUUCUCUAUUACUGGAACUACCCCAAUGAGAUGGGCAGCAAGCCAGCAGAGGGCAGUAUCUCACUGUGGGGUUUUGACAGUCUGAGGCCAGUGGAGAGAGACUCCUGCGCUCGGCCUCACACCUUUGAACUGGUGAUCUCUAGGACCCUGCAACAAGACCAAAGCAACACCUUGACCAAGAGCUGGUUCUCAGCAGACACUCGUGAGGAACGAGCAGACUGGAUGGAGAAGCUGAACCAGGUUCUUCUGGAUCUCCACACAUGGAGCAGACAAACCGCUGGAGCAGGGAGCGACCGGGAUAGCACCUCAUCUGUCACGGCAACAUCACGGGAAAGCAUCCUGUAACACCUUACUGACACACACACACACACAGCUCCAUUGUGAUUUUACAUUGAUCUGAUCUAAAUGGAAGUGGAUUUUUUUUUCUUCUCCUUGUCUCUCUCAGUCUCGGUUGAGGUCCAUUUUCUCAGGUUCAGUGAAGAGAUGUGUCUGUGACUCCUCUGCCGGUGUUGCGCGUCCUUUUUCUCAGCGUGUAGUGUUAAUUAUCGGCUCUGUCCUGCAUGAGAAAGGAGAAUCAGUUUUAUUUGCACAUGUAAAGUGCGUAAUCUUUUCUAAAUCUUAUUAUUUCAAGAGAUUAUUCAGUUUUAUUUUAUUGCCUUUCAUAACAAAUCUUCACUGAUUAUGAAUCCUAUCAGUGUUUAUAUAAUGAGGUUGAGGUUGUUGUUUUUUUGUGCGCCUUAUAUUCUGUAAUUUUAGCCUAUGUUCAGGGGAGACUGACCUCGAGGGAGAAAUGAAGCCAUCGCAGCACUGCAGAUGAAAUAUAUUAAUUACCUGCUUUUCUUUUUUUAUUUUAAUGAUGGCUGUGGUGUUUAUGGGAUGUUGAGAAGCGGCUUGUUUGGAUUAAAAACUACAUUAUAAGCUAUAUAUACUGAACUAUUAAUUAACAUGCAAUAUAAAUGAGUGUAUUGUUUACUUAUGUACUUUUCCAUGUUUUCUGUUUCCUGUAUGUUAUUUGUCUCCUGUCCACUGACUGUAUGAAACUCUGCUGUAGCUAUUACAGAAUAAAUACGGCGAUGAAGACCUACACUCACACACACUAAUUGAUUUAUUGUUUUCUGAAAAUGUGAGUGUUUCUCCAUCUCUGUUUAUUCCAUUAAAACACUAAUGAUUAUAAAAUCAGCACCAAGUGAACUAAUCGUGAAUAAUGUCAGCUCUAUCAGUUAUUUCUGUUAAACGGUUUCUACAAUAAACCAAAUAUGAGAUUAAA